AUGCUUACUGCCAUCCGAGUGCUCGUCGCCGUCGCCGCUGCCACUGCCGCCGGGGCGCACCCGCUCGUCGCGCGCGAGAGCGAAGCCGAGGCCGAGACCCAGACCCACAGCUGGGGCAAACGCGACACCAAGGUCUUUGGGCAGCCGAUCUGGGUGCUGGUUCUGAUCAUUGUCGGCGCCGUCGUCGGGCUGAGCAUCAUCGGGCUCAUCAUCAAACACUUCACCGGGCGUAACCCCUUCGCGUCGUCGCGCCGCACCGGCGGCGGCUCGUCGUACCCCGCUACGCACAACUACUACGACAACUCGGCGCAGCACAACCACAUGAUCCACCAGCAGCACGAGUGGGACCGCCAGCAGCGCCAGCAGAACGAGUGGCACGAGCAAAACUACGGGUAUCAGGCGCAGCAGAACCAACAUCACUACUAG